AUCCCAAUUCAGAACCUCCAUCUUCAAAUCCGUCUCCCACCUAGGGCUUUGUGCCGACGACACUCUGGCGACUGAGAGGCGGCGACGACGAGGAUUAAGCGGCAAGGGCAAGCCACAAUCAAUUGUAAUAGCUCUUCUAAAUUUUCAAAUCCGGUCUUCCCCUCUUUUCUACUAUUUUUUUUAACUAAAGAAGAACAAUGAAUGAACAGGAAUAAUCUUUGGACCAAUCAGAUUUUUUGAAAAAAAUCCAACGAAGAUAAAAAAUCCAACUCAUCUUCGUACUAAACUUCCUUUUUACAAUUCUCCUUGAAAAAACUUCCCACGUUUCACAUCCAUUUCUCCUUGAAAAGGUUUCCAAACUUCCCCUUUUACAACCCACAAUUCUCUCUCUUCCUAUCACAAUCUUCAGAAAAAGAUUCAGAAAAUAAAAAAAACUCCUCUGCUCCUCCUCCUCCUCCAUCUUCAAUGGCAUCCUCCGCCUCCUUUGCUCCACCACCGCCGUCGCCGCCUCUGCCGCCGUCGGCAGCGAAGAAGAGUUUCCUUCGCCGGGUACUCCCUUUCUCCUCACCGCCAAUCUCGCCGUUGGAGAAUUCACGAAACCUUGAGUCGAGUCGACAUGAGCUUCUCUUUUCAAGUUUUGGUAAAUCACGAAUAGCUCCGGGGCUUUAGAAACAACCGCAAUGUUUCCUAGCAUGAAGUUGUUCAAGAAAUAUAGGUACACUCUUCAGCAUGGGAUUAAAGGAUUCGGGCAUUUGAACAUAAGCAGUUCAGGGUUGAAAUCAAUCCCCCCUUUGCGUGAUACCUCACAUUCUGCAAGCAGACGAUUUUCUUCCUCUUCUGAAGAAGUAUUGAUUGCUUUAGGUAGCAAUGUGGGCAACAGAGUCCAGAAUUUCAACAUGGCUUUGGACUUGAUGAAGAAAUCAGGCAUAAACAUCACAAGACACGGGUGCUUGUACGAGACGGAACCUGCUUAUGUCACCGACCAGCCGUUGUUUUUAAAUUCAGCGGUUAGGGGGACUACUAAACUCGCGCCUCAUGAAUUGUUGGAAGUGCUGAAGCGAAUAGAAAAAAAGUUGGGUCGGACCGAGGGGAUAAGGUACGGCCCGAGACUGAUUGAUUUAGAUAUUCUUUUCUACGGUAAAGUAAAGGUCGAAUCUGAAUCUCUCAACAUCCCGCAUGAGCGCAUAUGGGAGAGACCCUUUGUAGUUGCUCCACUUGUGGACCUGUUAGGCUCAUCUAUGGAUGAUGCAACUGAACAAAAUUGGCAUUUGUUGUCUAGAAACAACGGCGGGCUGUUUGGAGUAUGGGAGAAGCUUGGGGGAGAAAACUUGGUUAGAAGGAAAGAGAUGAGAAGAGUUUUACCGAUAGGAGAUCACUUAUGGGAUUGGUCAGAGAGAACCCACGUCAUGGGUGUCCUCAAUCUUACUCCAGAUAGUUUUAGCGACGGAGGGAAGUUUCAAGAUGUGGAAGCUGCAGUUUCUCAUGUUAAGCAGUUGAUUUCACAAGGGGCGGAUAUUAUUGAUAUCGGUGCGCAGUCCACCCGGCCAUUUGCACGCAGGAUAUCUGCAGAUGAGGAGCUUGAGAGGUUGACUCCUGCGCUUGAUGCAAUUUUAAAAGUUCCCGAGGUGGAGGGGAAGCUAUUGUCAGUGGAAACUUUUUAUGCGAAAGUCGCGUCGGAGGCUGUGAAGAGAGGGGCUCAUAUUGUAAAUGACGUCUCUGGUGGGCAGCUUGAUCCUGAAAUUCUCACUACAGUUGGAAGUCUUGGAGUCCCCUACGUUACCAUGCACAUGAGGGGAGAUCCGUCUACAAUGCAAAGUGAUGAGUAUUUGCAAUAUGAUGAUGUUUGCAGACAAGUGGCUUCUGAGCUAUGCUCACGUGUGAAGGAUGCAGAGCUUUCAGGAAUUCCUUCAUGGAGGAUUAUUAUUGACCCUGGUAUUGGAUUUUCAAAGAACACCAAACAGAACUUGCAACUUCUCACGGGUCUAGAAUCCAUCAGGAGACAAAUUGGGGAAAAGAAUGUGGCUGCUCCACAUGCUCCAUUGUUAGUUGCUCCCUCAAGAAAAAGUUUUUUGGGGGAGAUCUGCAAUCAAAGUAAUCCAAUUGAGAGGGAUCCUGCCACAGUUGCAGCGGUUGCGAUCGGAAUUCUCAAUGGUGCUAAUAUCGUAAGGGUCCAUAAUGUUAGAGAUUGUCUUGAUGCUGCCAAAGUGUGUGAUGCAUUGAUUAAGCAAAGAGAACGUCACCUUUUACCUGACCGACAAAGAGUAACUUCAAAACCUUGAACCAUAUAAGUUAGAAGCAAUCUUUACAGGUACUAUUGUCGGUUUCGGGUGACUUAUCUGGUUUGAUUUUCUAAAGUAUCAUGUAGACUCCCUUGUGCCUCCACUGUGAGGCCAUGUCGUGUCCAACACGUGUUUCCAUUGUGUAAUGUUAAACAAACUAUUUAUGUUGCAUUUUCAAUAAACUUCAACUUAUUUUCGGAUGAA